AUGGCACCCAAGAAAGAGAAAGGCGGGACGGCGAAUGCCGGCCCCAAGCUCUGGGAACCGUCGCUCAUCGCUGCACAGUUCAACCAGGCCGAUUGGAAGGGCUCCGUCGCUUUUGUGGUUGGGAACCAGGUGGAGGAUGACCUUCUCAUCAGCGCCCUCCUCCAGGCUGUGGAACUUCCUCAACGGAAACUCUUCAGCGUGGUAUCCUGGAAAGAACUUCUCCAGCAGAUCAAUGAAGCACAUCCACUUCCUGGAGCCACGGGAAAAGCAAAGGGAAAGAAACCUGUAAUCAGUGGACCUUUAUAUUAUGAGGUGCUCAUGGCAGCGAAAGCAAUCAUGGACAAUGGUGAGAAAUUAACUUUGCCGCUGAUAGGAAAACUCCUGAAAUUCCAGCUUCUCCACAUUAAGGCCAAGGACCAACAGCGACGGGAAAAUGAAAAGAAGGUGAUCGAUGACCGGCUUAAGGUGGAGAAAGAUAAAGGGAAAGCAAAAUCUCCCAAGGAGAAGAAGGCCUCAAAUACCAAUAGCAAGUUGGGCAAAGGAGGAAAGGGAAAGGAACCCCCCGAGGCAAGCUUCACAGUGAAAAAGAACACCCAGUUAAAGCGGAGAGGAGAAGAGGAUGAAGGCAAGGCUUACAUUGAUGAUGAGCCAGAUGAUGGUGCUCAACAUUACAUUAUCGUCGUGGGCUUCACGAAUCCUCAGCUAUUAGCGAUUAUGACUGAGCUUGGCAUUCCCAUAAGCAGUGUGAUUAAAAUAUCUUCAGAGAAUUACGAGCCUCUUCGGACACACCUGGCAGUAGUUGGCCAGCAGCAGGAAGCUCUCGCUCAUCCCAAAGAUGUAGAAGCUGAAAACUUGAAGAAAAUUAGUGCCAAAAAAGAACUUGAAAUUUUCUGGAAGUACUUGGAACCAAUCUUGAAUAACGAGAAGCCUGAAACAAAUCUCUUUGAUGUUGCCCAGCUUCACUACAUAGUCAAGGAAGAUGACUUUCCUUCCGACUGGUCAAACAACGAAAUGAUGUUGGAGUUGGGCACCAUUAUUUUUGAAAACAUUGCCUGUUUGAUGUAUGACUGCCUGGAUUGGAAAAGGCAGCACCAGCACUAUCUGGAAAGCAUGGAACUUAUUUAUGUCCCACAAGUGUUCCACGAGAGACCUGCCUUAGAAGCCAUGUUCGUUUCUGAGGUAUGCAUGUGCCCAAGUGUCCCUAUCCCUGCAAAGAAGAAGCCACAAACUGAAGAUCAAGUUCCACCAUCAGUGUCUUUUGUGGGCACCACCUUUGAAGUAGACAUGAGAUAUUACAAUGACUUGUUGAACAUGAUUCCAGAGGAAUUUAUUUCUGUGCCCCUAAUACUCCACUGUAUGCUGGAACAGGUUGUGGCAACUGAAGAAGAUACUCUCCCCCCUAGUCUGGCCCCACCACCUUCCAGAGCAGAUGGGUUGGACCAAAGAAUCGCAUCCCACAUUGUGUCCAUUUUGCCCUCUCUUUGCCUCACUGAGAAGCAGAGAAAGAACCUCCACAAAAUAUUCCUAUGUGAAGAAGAGGAAAGCAAGGCUGUGCACACUGGCCCCCUCCUACUGAACUAUCACGAUGUUCAUGCCCAUAAGAAGUAUGCCUUGAAGGACCAAAAGAUUUUCGACCCAAUUCAAAUUGAGGAGGAGAUGCUGUCCAAGUUGCCACUGUGGGAAUUCCUCAAUUUUCCACUGCCCCGUCCAGGGAACAGCACGAAACGUCUCGCUACAAUUCAUGAGCUCAUGCACUUUUGUACAAAUGAAGUCUUGAGUUGGAAUGAAGUAGAACGAGCCUUCAAAGUGUUUACCUUUGAGAGCCUAAAACUCUCCGAGGUGGAUGAAGAAGGGAUCUUAAAGCCCGCUAAAAUGAUUUUUGGUACCAAUUCUGAGAUGUUCGACAUACCAUGGGACAAUCCAGCUAAAUUUGCCAAACAUAUAAGGCAAAAAUACACCGCAAAAAUGAAAGCCCAUGAGUUGAAGCAGCAAACAGACCAGAAUGAGUUCAAAGAUGAAACCGUCACAAAGGCUGAUCCUCUUGAAAAGAAACCCAAGAAAAUGACUGUGGAAGCAGUUUUAGAGGAUAUAAAGAAAACACAGCAACGAAAUCUAGCUGACUGGAGUUUUACUGAACACUUUAAACCGAAAGUGCUGCUUCAGGUUCUCCAAGAAGCGAAUCAGCAAUAUAAGUGUAUUGAUUCAUAUUACCAUACCCAAGACAACUCUUUACUAUUAGUCUUUCAUAAUCCAAUGAAUAUGAAGCGUAUGCAUUGUGAAAAAUGGAAAGCGGCUCUUCAUUCCAAUGUUGGAUUCAGGAAUUAUUUGGAACUUGUUGCAGAAUCCAUUCAAGACUGGAUCACAAAAGAAGAAGCAAAAUAUCAAGAAAGUAAAAUGACUGAAGAGAUCAGUAAGAACAAAUUUGGUCAGGAAAUGAAAAUGUACAGUGCCAGAACUUCUGCUAGCAAACUUUACUCUAUUAAAAAAUCUAAAAGUAAAGGAAUGAGCAAAACAGAGCUAUCAGAACAAGAAAAAGAAAAAGAGAAGGAUAAGAUUUCUUUUGUUUUAGAAGGUUCUCUCAAGGCAUGGAAAGAAGAACAAGAACGAUUAGCGGAAGAGGAACGUUUAAAGGAAGAAAAAAAAGCAGAAAAGAAAAAGGAAGUUGGUAAGAAGAAAGGCAAAGAAAAGUUAGAAAAAGAAGAGGCCAAGAAUGUGAGGAAAAAAUCUUAUAACAAGGAUAAAAGUAGAGAUGAGCCCAUGAAGAUCCCAGAAUUUGAAGAGCUGCCUGAUAUCCCACAAGCUGAGGUCACCUUCCCGUUUCAUGGUUACAAUAUGGGAGACACACCUAUCCAAAUCUCCGGGACAAAAUAUUAUCUAUAUCCUUCAGAUGGAGGACAGAUUGAAGUAGAAAAGACAACAUUUGUCAAAGGUUCAACUUUUGUCAAAGUUAAGGUGAACAAGGACAAGCACAGUUUUGUAGUUCAUUUAAGAGACCCCAAGAAAAUUGUGAAAGAGGAAACACAAGAUGAUGAUAAUGAUGAUGGUGGUGAUAUUUCCCAAGAAGAGAAAGAAGAACAAAGUCUUGAAAUGGAAGAAAUUCAUGCAAAAAAUAAAAUUAUCAGCAAGUUUGGAUCUUUUUCUGCCACCUUGGAAAAUGGAAUCUGCCUCUCAAUAAGUUACUAUGGAUCAAGUGGACUAGCUCCAGAGGUUAAAGAUCCUAAUUUGGAAGCAAUGCUGGAUAUCCCGUCAGCACUUACUCCAACAGUCAUUCCUGCCAUAGUAGUAGCUCCCCAAGUCAAAGGGAGAGUGAAAAAAGGGAAAGAAAAACCCAAAGAAUCUCUUAAAGAAGAGGAGUCACCAAAAGAAGAGGAGAAAAAGGAAGAACCAGAACCAGAACUUGUUAUUGAAGAGAUUCCCUUUGCUCCCACUUUCCAAAAUCUUAAUGUCUCUUGCCCCAAUGGACUUCUCGUUACCUUCCUUGGGCAAGAGUAUUCAGAUCAAUUUCUUAUGGAUGAGGACCUUAUUUGUGACAUCAGGGUCCGACAGAGCUACCCCCAGAAAGUGAGGCACUCUGAGUUCUACAAGGAGAGGCCACUGAUGGAGCAGGAGGCCUCGAGGGUCAUCACCAGCCAAGGCACUGUUGUCAAAUACAUGUUGGAUGGAUCCACAGAGAUUCUCUUUGCAAACGGUGCUGUGAGCAGUAGUCCUGAUCCAGGACCCAUUUGUCCCCCUCCUGAGGCUACAACAAGUCUUCACAACAGUGGGGACAUAAUGGACAACAUGUCUCAGCAGAAAUCAGAAAUUGCAGUUUUUGAUUCUGUUCCGAGGAAAGGAAAAAGUCACAAAAACCAGUCAAUAUUGACACAUAAGAGUGACAUUCAGGAACAUCCACCAGAAAUGUUUCAAACAGUAACACCUCUGGAGCUUCAUGUAGGAACCUGGUACACAACCACACCUGGAGGAAAUCGGAUUGCCACCAAAGGAUUAGAAAGAUUGUCAGAUUUGACACCAUAUUUAUCCUUUCAGGCCACUGACCCUACCAAUGGAAUGGUUAUGACAACUCGAGAAGAUAAAGUGAUCAUUGUUGAAAAAAAAGAUGGUACUCGCAUAGUGGAUCAUGCUGAUGGCACCAGAAUCACGACCUUUUAUCAAGUUUAUGAAGAAAAGAUUGUUUCCUCAGAUGGCCAAGAAACAAUAGGAAGUUCACGGACUCUCACCAGGCAGGUGAAGUGCAUGAAGAUCGAAAAUGAACAUUAUGCCACUAUCAUCACCAACUGUGAGGACAGCAGCUGCUGUGCCACUUUUGGGGAUGGGACAUCUGUGAUUGCAAAACCUCAGGGGACAUACCAGGUGUUACCUCCAAACACAGGCUGUCUUCUUAUUGAUAAAGAUUGUUCUGCUAUAUAUUCCCAUGAAUCAAACAGCGAUAUCUACCAUACUAUCCCCAACACUGAUGAACUGAGGUCUAGCAGAUACAUUAUGAAACAUACAUCACAAGUUAUAUGUCAGGUCCUGGAUCCCGAGGGAAACACGUUUCAGGUCAUGGCUGAUGGUAGCACAUUUACUACAUCACCUGAAAAUAAUGUGAAAAAUGACUCAAAUGUAAACUCCGAGGGCUAUGAUAGUUUAUCUGCUGUUAACCUUCAUAAGAAUCACCUGCAAAUCUAUGGUGAACACGUCCCCAGAUUUUUUGUCAUCUAUGCUGAUGGCUCAGGGAUAGAACUUCUUCGAGACAGUGACAUAGAAGAAUUCCUAUCGGUGGCUUAUGGAGAGUCAACGUCUGUAGUUCUACAAGAGCCAGUUCAGGAACAGCCAGGUACCUUGAGCAUCACUGUCCUCCGCCCUUUUCAUGAAGCAUCACAGUGGCUAAUGAAGAAAGAGCUAGAUACGAUUGUUCCUCCUAAUCUCCGAUCAAGAUCAUGGGACACAUUUCCUUCAGCUGAGAAAAAAACUCCAGGACCUCCUUUUGGCACUCGCAUUUGGAAGGGUCUUAAUAUUGGAGCCAAGAAACUCAUGAGCACGCCUGCUCCAAUACUCAAGAGCCCUAAUGUCCUGCAGAUACGGAAAUUCAUCCAGCAUGAGGUCAUAAAGGAUGAUAUGAAAACGAAGCUACAGAUUUCCCUGAAGGAUUACAUAAACCAUAUCCUAAAGAAAGAAGAUGAGCUACAGGAAAUGACAGUUAAAGAUUUCAGGACUGACGAGGAGCGAGGCAAUGCUGCAGAUCUUCUCAAGCUAGUGAUGUCUUUCCCCAAAAUGGAGGAAACUACAAAAAGUCAUGUUACUGAAGUUGCAGCCCACCUGUCCGAAUUAUUCGUGAAAUCUUUGGCUGCUAGUACAACGGACACAGAUGGUAAAUAUGAAAUGGAAAGAAAAUUGAGGUGCUUAAUAUCCGAAAAGAAAUGGCAAGAAAAGAUCAAUAAAACGAGGAAGGAAAUUGAGAAAACAAAAAAAUAUAUCGUGGAAAUUAGAAACAAAAUGACAUCACCCUACUUUACUUCUGAAUUUCAGUCCCAGUUUCGUUAUCUGGACACUCUUUCCAAAAAUUUGCCUCCUAUUCCCAAAAAAGAGAAAGACACAAGAAAGUCAUGUCCUCAAGAUGUACCUGAUAUAUAUCCAGGUCAUGGUACAUAUAAAUAUCCAAGCAGGAGAUCAUCAAAUAUUUCUGCUUCUCGAAAAUCGGUGAGUUUUAUGGAUAUCAAGGAGACCACGAUCCAGGACCACUGUGACAAUGUUUCAAUAUCUACUGAAGACUCAGAAUCUUUCGAGCCUGUCAAAAUCCCAACCCAGUCGCUGCUGGCAGAUGUCACAGGCGAAGUCCGGAAAGAGAGAGUGAAGUUGCCUCUCUACCUGGAGAGUUCCAAACCCAAGUCUCAACCUCUUGCAAAGGUAGAAGAUUCUGUUGGAGGAAGAAUAAAAACAUCCUCUGUCAUCUUGGCUACUGCUAAAAACACGAGUGCUCCCAUGUUUGGAUUCCACCUUCUCCCAUCAUCAGUGAAGCUGGGGGAAAUCGAAGAAGGAUACACUUAUGUGACCAUUGUUAAGCUCAAGAAUGUUGGCGUCGACUUCUGCAGGUUUAAGGUGAAACAGCCCCCACCCAGUACUGGACUGAGAGUGACUUACAAACCUGGACCUGUGGCAGCUGGCUUGCAGACGGAACUGAAGGUGGAACUAUUUGCCAUGGCUGUUGGAGAGGAAGUUGUCAAUGGAGCCUUACACCUCUCUUACAAUAUUGAGAUCACGACAGAGCAUGACGUCUUGCUUCUGCCUGUGGAAGCCACAAUUUUACCAAGCAGCAACUAUGCUCGGAGAGCAAACAGGAGUUUUCCCCAGGGAAGACACAAACCCGUGGCCACAAGGACUACUAAAAUUGCUCCUCCCUCACUUGGAGUCAUCAUGUCUCGCAGGAUUUCUCAUUAG